AUGUAUCUCCGUGCUGACCAUCCAUCUGGUCUUGUUUGAUAGUGCCCAUGCCCCAUAGGGUAUAUAGAUAGUGGGAUCUUGGCUUGGCUGCGGACAAGAAUACUGCACGAAACAUCAACUCCGAUAAUAAAACGCCCCGCCCCGCAACUCCAGCUUUGCAACAGCGCGCUAUUACGACCCGCAGACGAAAAUGGCCAGCCAACAGCAAGUGAACCCCAAGAGGCAGCAGGAGCUCCAGCUCCAAUACUCAAAUUAUAAAAACACACUGCAACAGAUGGCACAGAAGAUUGGGGAUAUUGAGCAAGAGGCAGAGGAACAUAAACUGGUCAUCGAGACACUCGAUCCCCUCCCCGAAGAGAGAACGUGUUUUCGCAUGGUUAAUGGUGUUUUGGUCGAGCGGACAAUCAAAGACGUUCUACCUACAUUGAAGACCAACUCGGAUGGCCUGAAACAAGUGUUGGAAGAACUCCUGAAGCAGUACAAGGCUAAGCAGACGGAAUUGGACAACUGGAAGAAAAAGAACAAUAUCCAAGUCGUACAACCUUGAACGCCUAUCUGAUUUGUAUUAGCGAUUCGUUAUCUCUUUCUACGCCCCAUUUCUAAUGCGAUGUAUUGGUUCAUCUAGGGAUAGAGGGAGAACAAAAUGGCGUUCCUAGGAGUCUGAAACCGGAUUCGAUUGUCUUGUUGGACCUUCGUAGCCCUUUGGAGCCGCGAAACUGGAGACAUAGUCCAGCAAUGUAUGCAGAACCUACCUGUGAAACUAGGCGGGUGUAUAAGAGAAGAUUGUAUCGGAAUAUUCGCUCGCUCCGAUGUCUGUGCCCCAUGCGAGGAACAGACACAGUGAGGGAGAGGUAUGAAAUGGUAUUGAAGACAUUUCUCGGGUUCCCAGAUUCCCUUACUGUGGUAGAUUGAGUCAAGAUGAAUGACACGAAAGACCAAACCUAGAGACUAUGAAACACAACAACUGGUGAUAUAUGAGGUAAGGCCUCAACUCUUAGCCAGCAUCGUUAAUG